AUGACCAAUGACGCAAAUCAGGUGGUAGUCAAUCACUUUUUUAGAGAAAUUAUUCAUCUACAUGGAAUUGCUAAGUCAAUUACCUCUAAUAGAGAUUCUAAGUUUAUAUCUCACUUCUGGCGGACUCUUUGGAAGAGGUUUGACACAUUUCUUAAAUUCAAUAGUACAAGUCACUCACAAACAGAUGGUCAAACUGAAGUGGUGAAUAGAACUCUAGAGUAA